AUGGGGUAUUGCAGUCUAAGAUGUUUGCUUGAUUUCUCUUUGCCAUCUGUUUUGUGCUUAGGUGACUGCCAGCUGCAACCACCUUGUCGAAUCCAGAAGUGCACCACUGAUUUUGUAUCCUUAACGUCACAUCUAAACUCUGCCCUUGCAGGCUUUGAUUUGGAGUUCUGCAAGGCCCUGCGAGCAUACUUUGCCUGUACUUAUCACAAUUCCAAAGUAUGCCGUGGAAACCUUGUCUACCAUUCUGCAGUGCUUGGUAUCAGCGACCUCAUGAGUCAGAGAAAUUGUUCCAAAGAUGGACCCACACCCACCAACCUUGAUGUGAUCCAUGAGCCAUGCAAUUACAAUAGCCACAGAGAAGCUAGAGAUCAUCAGAGCAGCAAGAAGACUCCUUAUAUUUACCUAUUUUGUGGCUUGUUUGGUGAUCCUCAUCUGAGGACUUUUAAGGAUCACUUCCAGACAUGCAAAGUGGAAGGUGCUUGGCCCCUCAUAGACAAUAACUACUUAUCAGUGCAAGUGACCAACGUGCCUGUAGUCCCAGGAUCUAGUGCUACUGCUACAAAUAAGGUGUGA